AUGUCAGUUGCCUUGCUCGGAUUCGUCGGGCUGGUGGUUCUUGUCGUGAUUAAAUUGCUCAACAGCACAGACAUUCCCAAGAUCAACGGUCUAGUUGAGCUGCCAGGCAUCCCGAUCUUCGGUAACCUGUUGCAGCUGGGCUCCAGCCACGCUAACGCAUGUCGAGUAUUGGCUGCUCGAUAUGGACCAAUCUUCCAAUUGCGGCUUGGGAACAGGCGCUUUGUGUACGUCAACAGCUUCGAUGCCACGUACCUCCCCUCAAUUGAUCUGGAAACAACGACGAAUGCCAAAGACAUUCAGGCCAUGUCCAAAGAGGGUAUGGAUGUGGAUCCAACGCUCUACUUUCAACGUUCAUCGCUCAAUAUGGCUCUUCGAGUCAGCUAUGGUUUCCGACUGAAGGGCGCUGUCACUGACGAGAGGAUCCGGGAGGUGGUCGAUGUUGAGCGCGAGCUGAGCUUGCUCCGAGGGAUCGCUCACUGCUGGCAGGAUUAUAUCCCAAUCAUGCGACUGUGGCCAGGUUAUCGAACUCAUGCGAUACGACUACGAGACAGGCGGGACUCGUAUCUUGGACAAUUCUUCAAGCAGCUCAAACAUCGCGUCUCGGCCGGUACCGACGUCCCAUCCAUUACUGGGAACAUGAUGAAGGAUCCAGAAGCCAAGUUGAGCGAUGGCAAGCUCUAUGAGGUGAAGACUGUCAGUCUAUCCAUGGUCGCCGCAGGUCUUGAUACUCUGCCGUCGAAUAUUAACAUGGCUAUAGCGUAUCUCUCUUCGGCCCACGGCCAGGAGAUACAACAGCGGGCAUUCAAUGAGUUGCAGAAAGUAUACCCGGACGGAUCAGGGUGGCGAGAAUGCUUGCAAGCGGAACACUGUGAAUACCUGAUGGCGUUGGUGAAGGAGAAUCUGCGGUAUUGGAGUACCUUCAACUUAUCAAUUCCACGCGUCGGCAUCAAAGCGAUCGAGUACAAGGGUGUUACUUUCCCUGCCGAUACGCCUUUCGUGAUGAACGUCUUCGCUGCUAAUCAUGACGACUCGCGCUUCGAGAAGCCAGAAGCGUUCAAUCCGGAACGAUAUCUUGCAGGCGCGAAGACUGGACUGCAGCAUUUGAGCUACGGUGCAGGUUCCCGAGCUUGCCCGGGCGAUCAUCUUGCCAAUCGCCAGCUGUAUGUCAUCCUGACCCGGUUGAUUCUGGCGUUUCGCAUCCACGAGGCGGCCGAUUCGAAGAUGCGACCAGUGCUGGAUCCCAUUGCCUGCAGUUCUGUCACGACAGGGAUGGUGACGCAACCGAAUCCUUUCAAAGUCCGAUUUGUUGCAAGAGACGAGCAUCAAUUGGCGGCGUGGGUACAGGAUUCGGUCCAGCGAACUGCUGCAUUUGAUAUAUGA